AGAUGGCUAGAACUAAGCAGACCGCCCGUAAAUCCACUGGAGGUAAAGCUCCAAGGAAGCAACUUGCCACCAAGGCAGCCCGCAAGAGCGCCCCGGCCACCGGCGGUGUCAAGAAGCCUCACCGAUACAGGCCCGGUACCGUGGCUCUCCGUGAGAUCCGCCGUUACCAGAAGUCUACCGAGCUGCUCAUCCGCAAGCUGCCCUUCCAGCGGCUGGUGAGGGAGAUUGCGCAAGAUUUCAAGACCGAUCUGCGUUUCCAGAGUUCGGCCGUUAUGGCUCUGCAGGAAGCCAGUGAGGCUUACUUGGUCGGCCUGUUUGAGGACACCAACCUGUGCGCCAUCCACGCCAAGAGGGUCACAAUCAUGCCAAAAGACAUCCAGCUGGCACGUCGCAUCCGAGGAGAGAGAGCAUAAGCUCUUUUUCUUUCGCACCACAACGGCUCUUUUAAGAGCCAGCUCACUUUGAUCUAAAUAACAAGGUUCUGUUUUAGAUUCAAGGCUCUGCUGAAUAUUAAAUAUUGCUCUUAAGA